UGUAACACCCUCUGGCUUUAAGUGUCUUAUACAAGGCUUUACUCACUCAGUACUGAGCUGUUCCUAAGCCGGGAUUGACGGAGAAUCCUAUUUAGGAAAACACCCUUGAUGAAGAAAGCACGAAGCAAAGAGGAAAUUUUGCAUGGAUGUUUCCAAGAGUGACGGCAUGGUAAAGCAGGGACCAUCACCAGGAGGGCUUCCGGGGCACUUCGGAUGGCUUGGUAUAAAAGAGGAGCCUUGAUUCAGCCCUGAGCAUCUGAGCUGGCUGUGGUUGAGGAUUACAAGAGCUGUUUUGAUCAGGGGAAGAAUUCUGUUUUUAGCACAGGCAGCAAUUAAAAUAGCUUGUGAAUCUAAACACCUCGGGGAACUGUCAUAAAAGAAGGCAGAAAAUCCAUCUUCUGGACUCCACUGCAGCCAGAAAUGAGCCUGGAGAAAGCAGAGGAGACAAGAGCUUGAGGUUCACUUGGUGAAAAAGGACAACCUGAGACACCGAGCCAGAUACGCCCAUUUGAUCUCAAGAUGGCUGAGGAGGAUCUCCGGGGUUCGAGCACUCCCUUCUCGCUCUCCUUUUCGGGCAGUGGCUUUCUUGCCCUGUACCAGGUCGGAGUGGUGCAGUCCCUCCUGGAGCUGGCUCCUGAACUCCUCAAGUCUGCAUGUAAGGUCUACGGGUCAUCCGCUGGUUCGAUCAUCGCCGCUGCCGUGGUGUGCGGCAUCAGCCUUGACGACCUAAAGGAAUUUUUCUUUGCCAUGGCAAAAGAAGUCAGGAAAACCAUCCUGGGCCCUCUCUCUCCCAAGUGCAGCUUGCUGGCCAAUAUCAAGACUGUUUUGCAGCGGAUGCUACCAGAGGACUCCUACCAGCUGGCUUCAGGGCGGCUGCACAUCUCGCUGACGCGGGUGAUGGACGGCCAGAACGUCAUGGCCUCUGAGUUCAACUCAAAGGAGGAGCUCAUCCAGGCUCUGCUCUGCAGCUGCUUUCUUCCUAUCUACUGUGGAUUCAUCCCUCCAUCCUACCGAGGUGUGCGAUACAUUGAUGGAGGAUUCACUGGCCUGCAGCCCGUUUCCAGCUUGGAGGAAGCCGUGAUCACUGUGUCCCCAUUCACUGGAGAGCUCGAUAUCUGUCCACGGGAUUGUCCCGCUAUCUUCUUCUGUUUCCAGAUCUUCAAUGGCAGCAUCCAGAUCUCAAUAGAAAACCUCUGCAGGAUUAGCUAUGCUCUCUUUCCACCUAGCACCUUGGUCUUGAACGACAUUUUCUCCCAAGGGUACCAGGACACUGCCCUUUUCCUGUACAGGAACAAUGCUUUUGGCUUUAACUACUUCGACGGCAAUUUCCGCUUCGCCAGCAUGUGUGGGAAGAACAACUUCACACAACCCAAGAGGUCAUUCACCGGCCUAUUCAAAAGGGUACCGCAGGGUCUGGCUCCUUGCUUCCUGCCAGGCUUGGCUCUCUGGAGGAAGGAGCAGAUGACUGGACUGCAGGAUCCACUGUCAAAGGUCCUGUUGCAGCCGUACAGGCUGCCAGCUUUUGUCAGAAAGGGGCUGAAGAAGCUGUGGGGGCUGCUGGAAGGUAUGAGCACUGUGGCAAAACAGUUCCAGAAGCUCCUCCAAACCAUGGUGCCUGGUUUGCCUAAGAGAGCUGUGGUGAGCAGGUAACCAUCCUGGAUGUGCCCUGGGGGUCUCUGAUGCCACUUGGUUCUGCUGCCCCAGGAAGCGGAGGGUGUCACUGGAGCUCAAUUCACACAGCGGCAUGGCUGCUGGUAUUUUAUGGAGUUUUUUGGGAGUGGUUGGUUUUGGUUUUUUUUUUUCACUUGGGGAAACCGGCUGAUUUUGUUUCCAGUGCUGCUGCCUCGGCCCCCCUGCCCAGGCCUGACCUGCUUUAACAUGACGGCCGAAUAUGCACAGGGGAGAUCGACCAUCUUUACUCGCAUGCGUGUACAGCCCAGUCGCCCGUUUCCCCGGCCACUGCACUUGCUGAUCACCAGCAGCAUCCCUCCCCCGAUUUAAUGCAGAUUAAAGGGCAGGCAUUUGCCAGGAAAUGUCACAUUUUGAGUGUUUGCCUUCCACUCAAAAACUUUCAGAGAUUCAUCAAACAGAAAACAGGGAGAGGGAAAAGCCUUAGGGAACAUCACACUGUUUAUCCAGUUUCCU